AUGCAGUUAAAAUGUACCGAUAUGCGUGCUAGAAUAGACCGCCUUCGAUUCGAAUCGUGGACACUCCCGAGUGUACAUCCUUGCGAACUUGAAGAUGAUGAAGGCGUGUUGUCGUCCAAUGACAAUGUUACAUUAUUAAAGGAUCUAAGUGCUAAUAUGGCAGAGGUGCAGAACCCGAUGGUUAUCGACGAGAAAUCGUCUCAUCCUGAAAGAAAGAGAUCAGCGGAAAGUAGCGGUGCGGAGGCGCUGUUGACGCGUUGCCGGGCGACGCGCGCCCAUCGCCCUCGUUCCCAACGGGUGAGCGACGCCGGCCGCAUCGACGCACGCAGCCCAGACGCCGCCGCAGCCACGCAGCGACGGACGCACGGAGACGCGCGGAAGUUGCGCGAACGCCCGGCGACGGCGCUGAAGACAGCUGACCAACCUCCAACCUCGCGCACGGCCGGGAGAAGCUGGCGCGCGAGCUCCGGGAAGCAGCGUUCCCGCUCAGCUAACUACAUUAACGAGAGAGAUUUGUUGACCUGACCCAUCACUACUGCCUACUUAUUCGAAAGGAGCAUCAGCAGAGGAAGCAAAGAUUGAGAAGUCGUAAAAGUGGGCAUCUAGACAUAAAUGAUUAGCUUUAACUCCCCAUAAUUAGGAAUGUCACGUUCACGUCUGAGAAAGAUCAAAAUUUAGUUUAAUCGAGGAAAUUUUGAAUAAUCUGAAAAAUUAUAGAUACUGAAACUUCAUUCGAACUGUCGAGGGAUAGACAGUAAUCCUACAAUAAUUCAAUAUAAUAAAAUAAUUCCUACAAUGGGUUUUUAAAUUCAGAGUAUUGUGUGGAUGGGAUGGUACAAUUCUUCAGGGCAAGCAUAUGGUGGAUCCUAUUCCAAAUAUAUUUCUUAUUUUUAAUGUAGGAUUUCAUCUAACAUUUACAUUAAUUAACCGAUACGUUAUGUUAUGAAUUAGACUCAUAUUGGAUAUAUUUCAUUAUAAUUUUUGGGCAAAUAGAGUGGUAAAUUUGUCACGAAAUCUAUAUUCGUAGGCGUCGACACAAAUGUUUCUUUUGAAUAUUGAAUAAUUGAGCAUAUAAAAUAACGCCCGAGAUUUUGAAGUGCAAUUAAAUUUUCUGCUUAAAAAAUUAAACCCCGUGGCACCAAUGAUAAAAAAUAUUCGAAUUCUGGAAGUUUACAAAACUAAGAAAAGUACGUCAUUUCGUACAAUUUUCGUACAAUCAAAAACUGUUCGUCAUUUCAUUUCAAUAU